AUGUCUUGUGCUGAAGCUCACGUCGGUACAAGCGAACAAAACGGACCGAACAAAUGUCACACUGAGCAGCUGUCUGCUGGAAUGCCCCAGCUGUUCACAAUGUUCCCAGAUACCUUCUCUUCGUCCUCAGCUGACUCGACAUGGGAGCUCGUUUGGGCUAAGCCCAAGUAG